AUGAUUAAAACAAACAACCUUAAAGAACAGCUUGAAUGGCUACAUCAAUCAAAGCCCAAUCUACCGUGUCCGCAAGUAAUUACUGCAGCACUUAAAAAGUAUCCCAAAACUAGCCACGCAUCGUUACCAACGCGUAGUAGUCAACAACAACAACAACAACAACAGCAACAGAUUAGCCCCAGUACUGAUCGAUCCAAUCCCUUACGAGAAGAUGUCACUGUUCGUGGAAAUCUAGUUAUUACCACAAUUUCGCCCGAUCCAAGCAAUAAGGAAAAUGUUCCACCACCAGCAAGCCAGAACAACGAUUUUAACGACUCUUUGUUCACUUCAUCAUUUAACGCGUCUUCUGCGUCCAUAAUACUGCAGUCGCUAACACAGAGCAAAGGGGCAAACAAAUCGAGAAAAACGCAAUCAAAGCUACCGUUGGUGUCAAAGUUUUUUAAACUGCAGAGUAAUUCAUCGACACAAGCAACUCACGCACGAAGUAGAAGCCAAUCCAGCCCUGACGAUGUAAUCGAUUUGACACUAGAUAAUGAGUCGCCGCAAAAGCGACUGGCUGAGGAAGGAGAUAAGGAUGGGGAAGGGGAUGGGAGAUUGUUUGCUGCUAACAAAAGAGCAAAGCUAGAUAAGACGCAACGUUACAUUGAACUCAUACAUCUACAAGAAACCAAGAUUAAACUACUAGAAGAAAAAUUUGUCACUAGCGAAUCGACGUCUAUCUCCUUGGACCAGAAAAAGGAGCACUAUGUUGAAUUGCAAGCCAAGAUAGUGUCCUUGGACGAAUCGAUUGCCAAAUUGAAAGAAGAAGAGGAGGAGGUGGAUGCGCCGGUUGCUGUUUCAGCGGCACCACAACCACCACCACCACCAACACCACAGCAAGAAGUAACGGAAGACAUCGAAGAUUCCACUAGUGAGGCACAUGUUUUUAGAGCACCUGCAAGACCAAGGAGGAUUGCUGAAGCAAGAGAGAUUGUGUCGAAUAUCGACGUGGACAUCGACAACCUGGUUCUAGAUAUAGAGGACGAUUUUGGCAACAACACCAUGGAAGGGUUGAGAACGCCAACACAAGAGCGAGAUGAUGUUGACGAUUUGGGUAGUUUCAUAGACGAUGCUUCCGUCACUAACUCACCUGAUGGCUCAGUCGAUAUGUACUCAGACGACGGCUCGGAUGCAGUGGUGAUUGAAAGUCAGGAACUAAACAAUAUAAGAUUGUCGCCUGAUGUUGCCGAGAAAUAUGGCAUUGCUUAUGAUGAUAGGCCGUUGCCCGCUAGUCCCAUCAACGAAAACAACGGCGAUCUAGAUUGGCUGAAUGAGGAAAAUGACUAUGUAGAAGACAUUGAGUUUUCUACUCAGCUCAACCAAGAACGAGAGAUUGAUGUGAUAGAGAUUGACUCAGACUCGGACGAGGAUAUCGACUUGGCUGACAAUACAGCCCUUAGCGAGAUGCCAUUGCCGGGACGCAACUUGAUUAGCUCGUCCAAUUCAAGCACGGGAUCGCUGUCUGCGUCAAACAUAAAUGCCAUAUCGGCGGCCGUUAUUGCAACACAAAAUGGGCCGCCGCUUUUGAAUAUUGAUAGUGAAGACGACUUCAGUGAUGAGGAUGAGGAGAUCAUGCAAAUUAUCAAUGCGCCAAAGCCGGUGACGCGGAGUGUACCUGAAGGAUCGGAAGAGUUUAUUGAUGAGGUGUAUGACACCCUUAACAAGGUAUUUAAGCUUCAGUCAUUUCGUCCUAACCAAUUAGAGGCUGUUGUGGCGUCGCUUUUGAACAAGGAUGUGUUUGUUUUAAUGCCCACUGGAGGUGGAAAGUCUCUUUGUUACCAACUUCCUGCUUUGAUAAAAGGUGGGCAUAGCAAAGGCACGACGGUUGUCAUUUCACCAUUGAUAUCGCUAAUGCAAGACCAAGUGCAGCAUUUAAUUCACAAAAACAUAAAGGCGGGUAUGAUUAGCUCAAAAGCAAAUAGUGAUGACAAUAAGCAUACGCUAAACCUCUUUCGCGAGGGGUUUCUCGAUAUCGUAUACUUGUCGCCAGAGAAAGCCAACAAAUCGACAAUGAUUCAAAAGAUUAUCGGCAGACUAUAUGAGCGUCAACAACUAGCGCGUGUUGUCAUUGAUGAAGCGCAUUGUUUGAGUUCAUGGGGGCAUGAUUUCCGUCCAGACUACAAAGGAAUGAGCUUCUUCAAGGAAAGGUUUCCCGCAGUUCCGCUUAUGGCGUUAACGGCGACUGCUAACGAAAAAGUCAGAAUGGAUAUUGUGCAUCACUUGAAAAUGGAUGCGCCGGUUUAUCUCAAACAAAGCUUUAACAGAACCAACUUGUUUUACGAGAUAAAAUGGAAGAGUGGCAACUACCUCGAGUCAAUGAAGGACUACAUCUUAUCGCGGUACAAGAACAAGUGUGGUAUUAUCUAUUGCCACUCGAAGCAGUCAUGUGAGCAGACCAGUGCCAAGUUGAAUCUGUUUGGUUUGAAAACGUCAUUUUACCAUGCAGGUAUGACGCCCGAGGACCGUUUCAAGAUUCAAACUAACUGGCAAAAGAACAAAAUCCAGUUGAUUUGCGCAACUAUUGCAUUUGGUAUGGGUAUUGACAAGCCCGACGUGAGAUUUGUGAUACAUUUGUUUAUUCCUAGAAGCUUGGAGGGCUACUACCAGGAAACAGGAAGGGCGGGUCGUGAUGGCAAGCCGUCUGAGUGUAUCAUGUACUAUUGCUACAAGGAUGCGAGAUCGUUGCAGAACAUGAUCCAUCGUGAUGCUGACUUGAGUGACGAAGGUAAGGAAAACCACUUGGCAAAGUUGAGACAAGUGGUUCAGUAUUGUGAAAACACCACGGACUGCAGGCGGAAGCAAGUGUUGCACUACUUUAAUGAAUCGUUCAAUCCAGUGAAUUGCAAGAAGCAGUGCGACAACUGCAAAAACUAUAACCACGUUACUGUUGUUGAAAAAGACUGUACUCAGUAUGCCCAGGAUAUAAUCAAACUAGUCAAAUCAAUCCAAAAUGAAAAGGUGACCGUUUUACACUGCCAGGAUGUGUUCAAGGGCCUCAAGUAUAACAAAAUUACCAAGAUGGGCCACAACAAUAAUCCGUACCAUGGGAAGGGAAAGAACUUGGACAAAACCGAUGUGGAGAGAAUCUUUUUCUAUUUGCUUAGUGAGGAAUGUCUAGUCGAAUACCAGGUGAUGAAAGGCGGUUUUGCCUCAAACUACGUCAAGGUGGGAAGAAAAGCCACCAAAGUGUUGAAUGGAAACAAAGCUAUCAAAAUACAAUUUAGCUCGUCUUAG